AUGAGUGGGAAGCACAUGAUCUCGCUCGAGGAAGGAUGGGACCAGGAGAUCAAGCCCAAAGCUAUCGACGUGCUGCUGGAUAUUCUUGACAAGGGGUUUGACCAGAUCAAGGUGUCGCCCUUCCCGCCCAAUGCUUUCAUGCCCAUCUACACCACGUGCUACAACAUGUGCACCCAGCGCUCGCCGUACAAUUUCUCGGAACAGCUCUAUGACCGGCACGGACUGACGUUUGACACGUACCUGGAACACAAAGUGCUGCCAAGUCUCGAGCUCGCGCACGACGAGUUCUUCUUGCAAGAGCUCGUGAAGCGCUGGACGAACCACAAGCUCAUGAUGAAGUGGAUGACGCGCUUCUUCAUGUACUUGGACCGCUACUUUGUCAAGCACCACUCGCUCCCGACGCUGGACGACGCGGGACUGCAGAGCUUUGACCGCCGGGUGUUCCAGAAAGUGAAAGCUCGCGUGAAAGACGCGAUGAUUGAGCUCAUUGAGAAGGAACGGAACGGAGAGAUGAUUGACGCGACGCUCAUGCGCAAUUGCGUCGAGAUUUUUGAAGUGAUGGGGAUGAAGUCCCUCGAUGUCUACCAGAUUUGUCUAGAGGCCGACCUUGUGACAACGAGUGCCACGUACUACGAGCGCAAGUCGAAAGGCUGGCUUAGUGAAGACUCGACGCCAGUGUAUUUGCAAAAGGUGGAGGAUGCGCUACAGAGCGAACGUAGUCGAGUGCACACGUACCUGCACAAGUCCACCGAGCCGAAACUGGUGAAGAAACUGGAAAGCGUGCUGCUCGAAGCUGCACAAAAGGAGCUCAUUGAGCGAGAAAACUCGGGUGUGAUUGCGCUGCUGAAAAACAAUAAAUUGGAUGACUUGGCGCGCAUGUAUCGCCUGUUUGCGCGUCUGAAGAAUGGACUGGAACCCAUUGCAGACCUCGUGCAGCAGCACAUUACUGCUGUGGGGAAUGACAUUGUAAUCAAGCGCGCAAAUGCCGUGGCCUCAGGCAAUAUUCGUGAUCCCAGCUCGGACCCAGCAUUUAUCAAGGAUAUCCUUACGAUCCAUGACAAGUUUCGCAGCAUCGUGAACGAGCAGUUUGCAGGUAACUCGCUGUUUCAGAAGGCGUUGAAGGAAGCGUUUGUUGAGUUUGUGAACAAGGACGUUGGUCCCGACAGCUCGGCGAAGCUAAUGAGUACGUUUUGUGACCGGAUUCUUAAGACUGGUGGCGAGAAGCUUAGUGAUGAGCAGGUGGAGGACUACCUCGAGAAAGUGGUGUUUGUGUUCUCGUACCUCACGGACAAAGAUCUUUUUGCUGAGAUCUACCGUAACCAGCUAGCCAAGCGUCUGUUGAACCAGCGGUCUGCUUCCGAUGACGCUGAAGUGCUUAUGAUUGGUAAACUGAAGCUACGGUGCGGGGCGCAAUUUACGGGCAAGAUGGAAGGUAUGAUGAACGAUCUGGCUAUUGGCAGUGAUCAUCACCAGGAGUUCGACAGCUUUUUGAAGAAGCAGCGUGAGACCAGUCCAAGUGAAGCUGCUUUGAACCUCGAGUUCAGCGUGCAGGUGCUGACGACGGGCUACUGGCCGUCAUACCGCAUCUUGGAAGUCACCAUGCCACCGCUAAUGGUGCGUUGUAUGAAUCUAUUUAAGGUGUACUAUGAUUCAAAAACAAGCCACCGUCGACUGCAGUGGGUGCAUUCGCUUGGCAACGCAACGAUUCGUGCCAACUUCCCAACGAAGAAGUGGUAUGAUCUACAGGUGACGACGUUACAGGCCGUGGCGAUGCUACUGUUUAACGAGGGCAACGGUGCGCUGUCGUUUGAAGCCGUGCGCGAGUCAUUGAAUUUGAGUGUGGAUGUCGUGAAGCGUAUCAUGCACUCACUGUCGUGUGGCAAGUACAAGUUGUUGACAAAGACGCCUGCUGGUAAGACUGUUUCGACUAGCGACGAGUUUAGUGUGAACCAAACGUUUACGUCGCCGAUGCGCAAGCUACGAAUCCCGAUGGCUUCGCUGGAAGAAAGUCACAGCCAAAAGAACGUGGAGGAAGACCGCAGCAUAGCUAUAGAGGCCGCGAUCGUGCGUAUCAUGAAGGCGCGCAAAACGCUUCAGCAUCAGCAGUUGAUCUCGGAAGUGCUGAGUCAGCUAGCUUUUUUCAAGCCGAAUUUGAAGGUCAUCAAGCGCCGUAUUGAGGCACUCAUCGACCGAGAGUAUCUCGAGCGCGAUCCCGAUCAAGCCAACACCUAUCGCUACCUCGCGUGA